UAUAGUUUAAAUAUAUACUUUAAAUGUAACUAAGAACGUAUUUUCUUUUGUUACCAUGUGAAGUAUUUUAUUAUUUUUCUAUAUUAUCAAUUGAAUUAGUACUUGGAGAAGAAAACAUACAAAAGUAUUGCAAUUUUAGCUCCUUCUCUUCCCUGUGUUUUUCGAAGGUGCUGUGAUGACUGGUUUUAUCUGGUUUAACUACACAAACUUCUAAAUUCACUCUGCAGAUGCUGGAAGAGGUCUUUUUUAGCAACAUGUGGCUGAACUCUUGUGUAUAAACUGUGCCAAAAGAGGACUAACUUGCUUGUGUUUUAGCUCAGCCUGUGUAGGUAGUAGGAUAUAACAAUUUUUUGAAGUGUGACCAGAAGAAAUGUAAGAGCUAUUUUAACAUUGAAGAAGACACCUUAUCAAAAGUCCUAUUUAACUGAUGUCUGAGCAGGCACUAUGCAGAAGUAACUGUCAACUGUUGGUUCAUGCUCUGGUCCAACUUUCUGUUAAUAAGCACACUGCAUCACGAAGAUGGAGGAAAGUGCAAAUGAGGAGUUAUCACCAGUGCACGAGUGUGUAACGAGACUGCAAGCUCAGCUGCAGAGAGGGUCUGUUAGUAGCUCUUCUCUUACUUCCUUAGAAGCUGUGAAAUCCCAUACAGAGAAGCUUCUAAACCUCAUCAAAGGACAAGAGAAGACCAAGAGGGCUUUUAUUUCUUUAUCAUGUGGAGUCAUUCCUGUGCUAACAAGUAUCCUACAGCAAACUCAAGAUCAUCUCGUUGUACAAAAUAUUGUUUUGCUGUUCCAUGAGGUUCUUUCUUCCAAAACUGGACGAGUAGAUGUUGCCAUCACUCUUGUAUCCCAUGACACCAUUCGACUUUUGCUGGAAAUACUGGGAUCUUACAAAGGAAAAGAUGUUGUGGAUGAUGACCACUUACUCAUCUUAUAUGGUGUCUUAGCAAAGAUUGGUCAUUAUGACAAAAAGUUUGGAGUGAAAGUUCGGCUUUCAAAUGUUUUGAAAUUAACAGUCAAUUUCAUGAGAACUUACAAAAAGAAAACAAAAUGCCUACAGAAUGUUCUUUCAUUUUUGAGUUUAGCUAUGAAGAACACUACUAAUGCAUGCCUGCUGGGAAAGGAAGGCCUGAUACCCCUUCUUCUCUCUUUAAUUGGAGGGUUUAAAAGAAAACCAUCUUUAACCAACUCUUAUGCAAUGGAAGCCCUUGCUGGUGCUACAAGAUCUAGGCAAAAUGCCCUACAGGUUAUACACUAUGGUGGGAUUGCCACUUUACUUCUACUGCUUGAUCCCAGCUCCUGGGUAACUGCCAGUAAGAAAGGAAGGAGAAUGCUAAGAAUUUUUAAAGCAGUUCUGCAAGUUUUGCUUCAUUUGUCUGUCUCCCGUGCUGGACGUCAAGCUUUGACUGAAAUUAAUGCUCUGUCUGCUCUUCUUGCCUGGUGCUAUGCUUUACCCAAUUCUGAUGAAUCGUGGGAUCAUUUGGUGGUACAGGCUAGUACCAUUAUACAGAGGUGCUUGCCUCCUCUUACUCUAAACAUUAUAUCCCUCCAUCACCCUGUGUCAUUUCCCUUGCCUGAGGAAGAAAUUAUCCCAAAAGACUUUGAAAACCCAGGCGUUGGAGAGUUUCUGGAUGAUGAAAGUGUGUCUUCUUCCUCUGAUGAUGAAACUUCUGAUCAAGAGGAUACUGAAGUUCAAGUUCCUUGUGAAGCUCUUACAGACCAACCCAACACAGAAGAUUUGAAGAAUUAUUCUAAGUUUUUCUCAGAAAUAACAAGUAAACACAUUGAAAGGAUUCCAACUUAUCCUGCACAAACUGGAAACACAGUAGAAGGUGAUGAAAUGACAGAUGUAAUAUUUUCUAAUGAAAAAUCUCAUUUAAUAGUAACCAAUGACAGGGAGCAGUUGAAUAAUAAGUUUUCAGAGAAGACUUUUGCCCAAGAGAGUAGUAAUCAAGGAAAGAUCUUGCUCAACAGUGCAAAACAAAUCAAACAAGGAGAAGACUUUUUAGAAAAAAUGAAUUUUUGGGAAGUAUAUGAAGACAUGACUUCUAGGACACUUCACCAGAUACCUUUUGUAAAGAUUGCUUACCCUGAAAUGAAAGGAGAUCCUUGCCGAGCUGUUCUUGAACCAUUAAACACACAGAAAACUGGUAUCAGUAGGAAUAAGUUACUUACUCAUGUGGAGAAUAGGUUGAAUUAUAGUUGUUCGGAUGAGUUACUUAUGGUGUAUGAUCUUGACCAGCUAUUAUGUGAUGAAAAUUCUCAGAGUGAAACAUUCCAGGGACUCAAAAAUAAUGAUGAAGAAAGAGUUCUUCAGCAAUAUGUUGGUCCCAAUCUUAAAUUUGAAUCUCGUUUUGAAAGUGGAAAUUUAAGGAAAGCAAUUAAGGUGAAAGCUAAGGAAUAUGACUUGAUUCUUAAUUCGGACAUGAAUACAGACUACCAUCAUCAGUGGUUUUAUUUUGAAGUCUCAGGGAUGGAAGCCUACCUACCUUAUACUUUCAAUAUCAUCAACUGUGAAAAAUCUAGCAGCAUAUUUACUGGUGGCAUGUGUCCAGUGUUAUUCUCAGUGAAAGAGAGCAUGUUAGGAAGGGGGAAAUGGGUGCGAACAGGGAGUAAUAUUGCCUAUUAUAGGAACCAUUAUAUUCGAAAGGGUACAAUUUCAUCAAUCUUGCGAGGAAAACCAUACUACACUUUGUCAUUUACAGUGUCAUUUGCUCAUGCUGGUGAUGUCUGCUACUUAGCAUAUCAUUAUCCCUACACCUACUCCCUUUUACAGACUCAUUUAUACUGUCUGGAAAACUCUUACGACACUACUAUGGUGUACUUCAAGAAACAAGAUCUAUGUACUUCUAUGACUGGCAAUCCUGUUCCUUUACUCACUAUCACAGCUCAACCUCCUGAUGCUCUCCGACCUUAUGUUUUUCUCACGGGCCGAGUACAUCCAGGAGAAAGCAACUCCUCGUGGGCCAUGAAAGGAACUGUGGAUUUUCUACUUGGCAAUAAACCAUCUGCCCAAAGGCUAAGAGAAAUGAUGAUUUUUAAGGUAGUUCCUAUGUUAAAUCCAGAUGGAGUUAUCAAUGGGAGUUAUCGGUGUUCCUUAAGUGGUGAAGACCUCAACCGACAAUGGUUGAGUCCCAACAGAAAACUUCAUCCCUCAAUAUUUCAUACAAAGGCUCUUUUUUACUACUUGAAAUCCAUGGAGAAAACUCCUCUUUUAUACUGUGAUUACCAUGGUCAUUCCCGAAGAAAAAAUGUGUUUCUGUAUGGUUGUAGUCCUUCCCAAUCUUGGUGGUCUUGUGACAGAGAAAAACCAGACAAUCAUUCUUAUGAGAGUCUUCCAGUUCUCUUGCAUCACAUGGCACCUGCUUUUAAUUUGGAGAACUGUAACUUUGCUGUUGAGAGAAAUAGAGAAGGCACAGGUCGGGUUACAGUUUGGAGACAAUUUGGUGUUGCCAUGAGCUACACAAUGGAAUGCACAUAUGGAGGUUGUGAUCAGGGUAUAUAUGCUGGUUAUCACCUAAAUGCUAACCAUUUGGAAGAGAUGGGAAUAAAGUUUUGCCAGGCUUUGGGUAAGUUGUGGACAGGUAUAUCCAAGGCACCUGGCUGGAGUUCUGUGAAUUUAAUCAUAGAUUCAUUUCUUCUUGGAAAUAAUAGGUUGUAUUUUCAAGAAGAAAAAAGUGUGCACGAUGUACAUAUGUCAAGUAACUCAAGUCAAUCUGAUGAGGAAUUCGUAGAAGAUGAUGAAGAUGAAGCCCAAACAUAAUUAUUAUCAGCAGGAAGCUUUUUUCUCAUCAUCAGCUGUUAAAUACACAUCGUUGUAAAGUGUAAGAGUAUUUCAGUGCUUUGCUUCAUGUUCCCCUAAAAAUUUGGUUGUUCUGAUAGAAACGUAAAGUGAAUUCAUAUUUGUAAAGCUUGCUUUAAAUGAAAGCUGCAGUCAUGAGUCAGUGAUCCUCAGAUAGUAGGGUAAUUCCUAUAGGCACUUUUUGUUAAUUUUCUGAGUAUAUUAAUAUAGUGACAGUAAUACUAUUUUGUUACUAAGUUUUGCAAGGACAAGUAUUUUUGUUUACUCUGUUAUUAUUUGUUGUAAACUUGAGAGUUUAUGAUCAGUAUAAAUUUAUAUAAAGGAAAGUUUAUUAUUAUGCCCAAGUAUUGACCUUUUGUUUUCCUGAUUAAUUGUAGUAAAAUUUAUGAUAUGAAAAUUAGCUUUGGGAUGGUGAUUAGUUUCAGUUUUUGUUAAUUUUUUAAAUGUUGUACUAAUUCGUAUAAAAAGUUAUUUAUAUAUGUUAACUUUAUAUAAUACUUUGUCUCGUGAAAAAUGACUAAUGGUUGUAUGUUUCUGUUGAUAUACAUGUAUACAGAAAGUAAUAAUUUAUGAGUAGUUUUAAAUUUCAUUUUUGUUUCGUCAGUAGCCAAAAUUGAAUAAAUUACAAAUAUAGUCUGUUAAAAUUUUCAUUUUUUGAAAAUUGAGCAAAAUGAAGUACGUAAACUAGAUGUGUUUUUGAAUAUGAGGAAAGACUACUUUGACCUGCUUCACAUAAAAAAAAAGUUAGUAUAGUCCUGUCCCUGGCAUAGACCUUUGUAGAAAAGUCAAAACUGGCUAAGGUAAUCAUCUGUACUUAAGGGAACACAUGUGAAAGGAUAAAAAAAAACUUGGGUAGACUCCAUUCAGUGCAUAGGAGUCUAUUUCAAGGAGCUGGAUUAGUAGUUUAAAAUUUGGAAACUUUUUUCAUUUAUUAAUGCAUUAGCUUGGUCAAUAGCUUUAAUUUGGAGUGUGAAAAUGUAUGUUAAACAACAAUACAAUGCUUUGAAAAGCUAUUUUUACAUAUAACUGUAAUAACUGACUUCCAACAGUUUGGAUAGAUUUGAUUAUACAUGGAAUAAAACAUUUAAAGUCCUUGAACAUGGUAAAUAUUAAAUGCAUACUUGAAGAUAGCACAGAAUACAAAGAAGAAGUUUAUCUAGAGGUACAUAGCAAGACAUUAUGCUUCAUAAAGUAAGUUGAGAUCAUCUAUAUGUGUAUUGUUCUACAAAGUUAGUUUAGAUCUCUGAGGUAUAACACUAUAGUAGUGUGCCAUAUGCAUACUAAGAAAAAUUCUUUAACUUUUCUUUCAGCAAAAUAAAUAAAAAGCAGUGAAAGAGUAGUUUUUGCAAAUUAGUAAACUUUUUUUCGUAUUGUUACACAUAUAAAUGAAGACUUGAUGAUAAGAACUACUUAGAUUUAUUGUCAGCAAUGUACUACUAAAACACAUGUGAUGUUUGAAAUUAAAUAGAAAAUUAUAUAUUGGAGUUCUUUUUUUCUCAUUCUUACACUUGGAAGUUGAAUAUUUAUGAUAGGAAGUAGUUAGUAUAUUGCACAAAAUACAAAUCUAUUUAAAUACAUGUAUGAAGUUAAAUAUAGAAAUUAUUAUUGGACCUCAUUUUUGUUUAGAGGAAGUGAUGUAAAUUCUUUGACCAUUUUGGACUUUUUUAAACGUGUGUUCUCUUAUUAAUUUUACACAGCAAGGAAGCUUUCCAUGUAAGUAUCAUUGUUAUGCUACCCAACAAAAUGGAUGGUGCUUUAAGUUUAUUUGAUUGAUAGCUUUUAUAAUUUGUUUAAACACUGGCAAAUGUCCUUCAUCCAGCAUUAUGAUCCACUGAAGAAUUAAAAGAGAAAGGGGUGAUUCUGUAUUAUUAUUAUUACUACAAGGUGUUUAAGAUUUUAGCUAUAGAGAGAAAUCUGACAACAGUAAAGCAAAAUCUUAUUCUCACUGUCAUGUAAGUAUCAUUGUAUUUAAAGGGAAGUAUGGUAUUUAGUAAAACCAAUUUUUUAAUACUUUUGCAUGAUUACACAGUUAUUAAAUUCUUUUUCUAUGCAUUAUUAUUUUUUUGAAGUUGUUGGUAAAAUAUGCAUUUGAGCUAAAUUUUCAGUGUACCAUAAGUUAUUCUUUUUACACUAUUGAGAGAGAGAUGUUUUAUUUUGAACAUUUUUUGUAUGUGUAUUUGUAAAAAUAAAUAUUCUAAUGUAGCACUA